UUAUUUUUAGGUUUUCCUGUUGCCAGAAAGAGAACUCAGUUGAAGUUUUGUGACUGUUGAACAUCCUCAAAGGUGGUGUAGACGUAAGAAAGAGGUCGUUACUUUGCAUGAUUUGAAGACAAAAACUUGAGCAGGCAAUUUUAUUCCUCUCUUGCAACCAAGUUAAUUAGCUCUAACUCCACUAGCUAUUAUUUGUAUCCAGAAUUAACUUAAUAAUAAGCCCGUACGUGCAGUUUAGAAGCAUGACCUGAGUUGAGACCCUCAAGGUGGCAACAUUUAGUCUGCAAAUGCAGAUCAAAUGAACAGAGCAGCAGAGGGAUCAGACGAUACCGUGAGGCGACUUGCAGCUGCUUGAUGAAAAGAGGAAAACAUUUAUUUUUACUGACAGGCAGAGGCAUGUAUUCAUGGAUGACAGGCGUGUUUGUGCUCUUUGCACUGUUCAUGCCUGUUUGCUGUGAAGAAAUUUUUUUCACUGAUCCGGUCAUCUGCUACUUUCUGGAUGCGUUUCUGAUGGUUUACUGUAUUGCUGCAACGGCGCUGUUCUUCAGAGAAAAAUUCUCCAAAAUGCCUCGAGUUCAACCGGAGCCUGGAGAAAAAGGGGGCAUUUACCAGGAACUCGAGAGGCCAAAGGACACUGUUGAUUAUGAUGUGCUCAACCCCCAAAAAGCAAAGGGAAAAACUGCUGGAAAGAAGAGAACUAAGAAGAGCCAGGGCAAGCCGAAGGAUAAGGAUCUGUAUGAAUCUGUUCCCACCAGCCCUCGGCCCGCUCCAGCUCCGUAGCAACGCACUUACAGAAACAGAAAAGUUAAUUGCAGCUGAGAUGAAUGGAAUAUUAUUGCCUGUUUUUUUUAUGUAAAGACUUUCCUUUUCUCUUUGCUUUUUUGUAUUGAUAAGCACUUCAUUUAUUUAGAGGUUCAUUAGAUAAAACGUGGCUGGAUUUUCAGCAGAUAUGAGGUUUUGGACCGCUGAGAACAGAUAAAACGAGCUUUUUUCCUCAGUCUCUGGCAUUAAAUCAGACUAAACAUUUCCUCUUUUAUGUCGGCUUCUUAAGUUAUUUCUAUUUGCUAACUAGCUGAAUAAUGACAUUUGUACCUUCUUCAAACCCAGACGUUUAAGCACAGCUACUGGUUUGAUUCUCAUUUGAGUAAAAUGAAGGCAACUCAAAACUGAGAGCUAUUGAUCUUCACAGUAAUAACGCUGACUCAGCCUGUGAAAAAGCAAAUCAUCUUGUAAAAAAACCUUGGCUGAAGCUGGUGAAUGUCAUCACAUGGGCUGAAAAAGCCACACAGCAAGAACAUUUUAAGAGAUUCUUUUGCAAAAGAAAUCUGGGGCAAAGAGCUUGACUUUUACAGGCAUGUUGAAGUGAUUCGUUCUACAUUGAUAGGAUGUUUGAAACUUGCAAACAUCUCAAGUGUGAAGUAGGGGUGUGGCAACCUUCUCUUGAGUGUUUUGCUCCAGGAUAGACUGAUUAGACGACUUAAGAAAAGAGUAAUAGAUACAAAACCCGAAGCAGCAUCUGAAGACGUCAGCCAGGAAGUUAAAGCUUGGACUUAAAUUCAGCUUUCUAAAUGGUGAACAACACUAAGAAUCCCUGCUAAGUUAGCUACAAAGUAACUUUAAGGACAAAAAAAAUAAAUCAAUGUUUUGGAGUAACCGUCAAAGAGCCUGGAUCUGACUCCAACAGGAAACGUGUGAGCGGUGCCGCCGACAAAGAUGACUCAGUUUUGUUGGGAAGAAUUAGCCAAAAUUCCCACAAAUGAUUUGACAGAAUAUUAUUAAAGGACACCAAAAAUAUCUGACCCUACUAAAAAAACUGAAAUUGUAAUUUUACCACAUGCUAGAGAAGCACAAGUAAACCUUUGACGUUGAAGUGAAAAAAAAAAAAAAAAACUUGGAAAAAGUUUCCUUCUGACAUUUAGCAAAUAGAUGAAAUUUAAUUCUGGCUAAAAAUUGGAAAGGUUUUGUCUGAUUUAAUGUUUUUGUAUUUUAGCCUGCCAUCAUGCUGCAAUAAUAGUAAUAAAGGUAUUUUCUAAACAUAGUGAAGCACAGACUGAUGUAAAAUUGUACACAAUAGAAACUCUACAGACAGAUUCACUGUACAUAACAGGAGAAAGCACAUGUCAAAACACUUGGAAAACAGUUUUAAUGAUGUUUACAACAAAAAAAAAACUGUACAUUUACAGUAAAAGAUUAUCUUUGUAUGUGUAUAAAAACAAAAAACAAAAAUACAGCAGACAAAUGCAUCAAAAUCUACUAUGUAUCCUGAUUCACAUACUUAAAACUCCUACACAAUCUUUCAUUUCUAAACCUCCCGGACUGGAGGCCUUUACUUAUUUUUCUGUUUUUUAAAUUUUUUUAUUAUUAUUAUUAUUCUUUUUAGUAAUAAUAUCAGAGCAGUGUCCCUCUCUCAGUGUUGUAUUUCAGGUGAGAACCAAAACUCCUUACAUUCGAGUCCUGGAAAGUAAAUGGAUAGACUGCAGAGUAAGAAAAAGGAGGAAAAUAAAACGGGAACACAUUCCUUUAGCUCAGCCCAAGCUUCCAACAUGAAUUGUUUUACAGAACACAUUUCUCGAGAUACACUGACAUAAUAUGUACAUGGUUGUCAUCUCUUUUUUUUAUUAUUAUUAUUUUUCAAAAUUUUUUUUUAUUGAAAGCUGUGGUUGCCUGGGCCGGAAAACUGAUAUUCGCACACGUGACACACCCCAAAAAACAUACAAAAAUACCAUAUCUUUAACCUACUAAGAGUAAGACAGCUCUGCAAUUAGUUCCAUGCUGUGGCAGAAAAUUAAAACAAAUAAAGAGGUUACAACAAACAGACGCUUUUCACACAAGUUUUUUUUUUUGUUUGUUUUUUUUCUUCUCAGAAAUAUACCAAAAUAUACAUCUAAGCUUUGGAAUUACUGAGGCUAAGGACUAAAAGCCAGAGCUGGGUUUUGUCUCUUAAUACACAUGCUGCAGGGCAGGAAGGGCGACACAGAAAGAGAGAAAGAGAAAGAGAGAUCUUUGGUAUAUGCGUUUGUCAAAAAAGUUUAAAUAUUUGGAUUUUUGCUUUGGAAUAGCGCUUGUGAGUGCCGGACGGCCUCGCCUGGAGUAAAGCCUUAGACAAAAGUGUCACCGAAGCCCCGUCGGGUCUGAGCCGGCCGGGGACGGACCGUGAUGCAUAGUGUCACAGAGUCUGUAGAGAAGAGACGACGGUGAAGGGAAGGACGUGUGUUUCUGGAGACAUGAAGGGGGGAGCGAGGGGAAGAAGAAGUCCUUGAGAAAGAGAAAGACGCAAUGGAGGAAAGUAAAGGAGGACGUACAAAGUCCUGAGCAGGUACAGCGUGCACAGGAUCCACCCUCAGCGUGUAUUAACAAACAUCACCCAGCUAUCGCCACAUUGGUUCGUGCCCAUCAGAGGCCCGCUCAGCCCCCUCCGAUCCCCGCCCACAGGCACUGAAACCGCUGCACCGACAGGACGCACAUUCACUACGAGAAAAGCACAAAAACAAAAACAAAAAAAGCAACAACAUCCCCUUACAGUUGAAAUGCUUUGGGACUCUGGAGGAUGGGGGACGUGGAGGGAGUGCAGCCUGGAUUAGAUGCUGAGUAGUGAGGCGGGGAUGGGCGAGACGACGGCGUUGCUCGUGUACAAUCAAGUUAGAAGUCUUUGGUUAGCGUUGGUACCACAGGAAACCGAGAGCGGGCCACGACAGGAGGAAACCUGCGCAUACUUGUACCGUGUCAUAAAUGACAAACAAAAAUAUGGACAAAAAAAAAAACAAACAAAAAAACAGGAUUGUCAAACUUAAAAGGAAGUGUAUAAACACAAAGACGAGGGUAGGAAAUGAACAAAAGUGGCAACAAAAGAUUGCAGAUUUUUCAGUUCUGACAAAUAUAAAGACACGUGUGUGCACAAGUCGUGAAGGAAAAAAAACAGCAGACAUUCACAAGCACUGGUGUGUAAUCUGCCUCCACCUUGUGGCAGUACAGGUAUGAGCAGGCUUCUCUGACAUUUUUUAUUUUUUUUUACUUAUAAAAACAUUUUUCUUAUCUUAUAAGUAGAUUAAAGCAGGUUUUACUCAGUUUUGAGUUAAGAAAUGAGGUAUACAACAGUCUGUUUUGCCUUACUGGUGGUCCACCUGUUCUUCCUCCACAGCAAACUGACAUAAUCGGGCUCAAUAUAGUCGCCUGGUUGAACCACGAGAACGCCUUGAAGUCUCAAGAUCACCUACUGACAGUGAAGCACUAAAAGCCAAGAAAACAGCUCAUAAGAAUAUCAAAUUAAAAAAACAAACAAACAAAUCAACCACAAACGGUAGGAUUUUCCCAGAGCAGGCUCGGCGAACGGCCUGCUUGAAGCCUGUGAUGUAAUCAGUAGACGAACUCAGUCAAAAAUAUAUCUAUAAAAAAAAAAAGAAAAAAAAAAGAAGUAAGCACUCAUCUAUAACAAACUUUUUGAUAAAUGAAAGAAAAGAGAAAAUCACUCCUUACACCAGCUGGAAGAUGAGGGAAAAUGCACCGUAAAGGUUUGCAGACAACCCAAACACACUUUCACACACAAAAAGCAACUGGAAUUACAAGUAAAGCAUUUCCCAACCUGGCCAAAUCAAAACACACAUCACUAAUCCACUCCAAAAUGCCCCAGAUAUCUACCAUUUCAACGAAAUGCACCAGAUUAGCCUUCACACACACAGCCCAACACAACGCUACAAUGCUCAUGUCUUCUACGUAACAGUAAGGCAUAAAUGAUCAUGUUAAUCCUCUCUCGUCAAACUACAAAAGCCAGUGAUCUUAUCCUCUCACGCUAUACAAAAAAAAAGGCAAAAUAGUUAAAGAAAAAUGAUUGUUAAAGACAACACAGCAAAUCAAAUUCACAACAACGCAAAAAUAAAACAUUAGCAAUAAUAAUAAUAAUAAUAAUUAUAAGAUAAAGCAAUAAGGUCAGAUGCUUCAGCGUCUCGAGUUCCUCCGGUCAAAAACAGAGGCAUCCUCACCAACUUCCUGUCAUAUUUUUGGUCAGGUAAAAAAAAAAAAAAAAGUGAAUAAA